CCCGUCACGAUCAUGAGGUUUGCAGCCAAACCGUGAGGUCGACUGAGUUCACACCAUUUCACUUACAAUAUCCACGGUGUUGUGCGAUUAUCACGGUCUGCGGCCGAGAGAUUUGCAAUCUCCCACGAUAUGAAAGGGCCUCUCUUAAGUAUGAAAAGUUCACGAUUUUAGUGUGGAUAUCAUGAUUGGCAAACCGUGAUAUAUGCACAUGCCCGCGAGAUGUCUCUGUCCUCAUGGAACUUGUGCAAUCCCCACGUUUUUUAUGUGGAUGUGACGGCCUGGCCGUGAGAAUCUGCUCUAGACCGUGAGCUUUGACACUUUCCUCCAUUUUAUCAUGUUUUGUCUCCCUCUUGUCCGAAUUUUGUUCCUUUAGUCAAUUUUGCCUGCUAUAAUCUGAAGUACACCCAAACAUGAAAAACCUAGAGUAAAAUGGCUCUAAGAACGGCGAAACGGUGAAACGCAAGUCAAACAUCCAAGAAAACGAUGUGUAAAUAUAUAUAAUUAGGCUUGAAUCAGUGUACUUCCUGAUGACUCUUCUUGCGUUCUCCAAAAUAUGUUCAAGAGCAAGGGGAGGUGAUAACGUUGUAUUUGCACAUGUUUGCACCCUCAUUUCUUAUAUGUUUUGGCUCGUAGUCGUGUGUCUUUGGCCUAUUGUAUGCGGGGUUGCGUUUUUUUGUCAUAUUUCAGGUCCCAGACAUCAAAGGAAUGUCUAAGCGCGAGUUUCGGGUCAUUUGGAGGUCAUUCGGUGAAGCUGGGGCAAAACACGGGCAACCUUACUCAAGAACACGAUCGUGGUUCACUAAGGAGCACGCCACUGCUUUUUAGUGCGCAGGUCAAGUCGAAGAAAGGCGAAGAAAAGAGAUCACAUGUUUCAUCCUGAUCAACUUCUUUUGAAGAUUUCUGUUGCAACCUGUGAUAGAUAGAAUCUGAAUAGGUUGUUAGAGCUUCUUUAAUCAAUAGGAGUGAAUUAAUUAUAUGAGAGUUAGUCAAUUCACUGCUUUGUACAGUAGUGGAGUCCUGUGUUAAUUGCCUUAGCAUUCUAUGCCGGUGAAGACUAGCCGGUUAGUCUGUCUGAGAGGGCUUGGUCAGCUUACGAGAUUCCAAGCCACUGUCGGAUCUUCCGCAGUUUAAUCAAAAGUGAAUCAACCAAAGGAGAUUACAACUUGGACCUAACUAAGUAGCUAGGGGGACUCAUUCCCGAGUGACUCUUCUCUUGCUUCAGAAAACCGGACAAUUUACUGCUUUCUUUCUAUUUUGGUUUGAAUUCAACUUCACUCACUUAGUCCCGCUAGAUAAUAGAAGUUCACGAAGUAGGCAGUAGAUUUAGACCCCGGCUUGAUAAAUUAAACUCACCCACUAUUCUAAAUUUCCAGACUGUGGUUAUACUUAGUCGUAGUUUGGUGUUGUGUCGUAGCGAGUCAAGUUUUUGCGACGUUGCCUGGGAGACUAAGUUAUUGGAGAAACGUGAACAUCUGUUACUUUAGCAUUUACUUUUCACCAUUUUUCUUCAUUCCCUGUGUGCCUUCACGGGUUGUGCUUGCAGUCUGUAUGCAGGUAGUGCAUGACCCGUAGCCAGUCGGGAGAGCUAUAUCCAUUAGAUGAAGAGCUCGAACGAACUUGUCGUAACUUCAAGCGAACUUUGAAGGCGCGACUUGUUGCGGAGGAAGCUUUGGAGCAUCUUAACAUCAACCAAGAUGACGACAUGGAUGAACCCAAUAAUGGCAGGGAGCUUGUCCCCAACAAGCAUACGAUGGGAUACUACUAGACCGCCAGGGCCGUAGACAUGAGGUCGCCCAUCCAACACCCUCAAGUUCCUGCUAACAACUUUGAGGUGAGCACCUCUAUCAUCACUAUGCUGCGCGGCUCGGCGGUAUUCUAUGGAAAAUCAGGCGAGUGCCCACGCGCGCACUUGAGGCGAUUCCAUGAACUGAUCGAUGGAAUCAAGAAUAACGAGGUCCAAGCGAAGAUGUGGCUGGACAACCAGCCUUCGGGGUCGAUCUCUACAUUCACCAACCUGACCUACAAGUUUCUGACACGCUAUCAUCUUCCAUCUAAGACAGCGGACCUGCAGAAGGAGAUCACCCAUUUUGCACAGGAAGAGGAUGAGACCAUCCAGGAUGCGUGGGAAAGGGAUGACUUGAUAUAUACACAUGUUUUUAUCCACCAUUCUUAUACCGUUUGAGCCUCAUAUCUCGUACCUUAGGCCGAUUUCACGCUAGGUUGUUCUUGUUUAUGAUAUUUCAAGUCCUAGUACGUGAAUGGAGGUUUGGGAACGAGUUCCGGGUCGAUUGGACGAAGAUUGGAUGUUUGGCGAGAAGUUGAGGAAGCCACACGACCAGACCUAACAGCCACACGGUCAUGUGGCGUGGCCGUGUGGAAUUCCUUUGCGCGGGCAAACCACAUUGGCCGUGUACCAGAUCCCUUAAGGCCAUGUGUAAAUCACAGAGAUGUCACGGGCAAGCCGAGAUUUCACACGCCCGUGCAGUUCUGGCCGUGUGACGUGCAUGAGACCACUUAAGUGAAACGCAGCGUUUUCACCUCCACACGGGCAGCUGGGAUUUCCACAUGGCCGUGUGGCCUGGUCGUGUGGUCGGGAAAUUCUGGGUUUUAACCCAAUUUGGGUCUUUUGGAGGGGGAUUGAGUUUUUGAGCAAAAAACAGAGCUUUAGAGAGAGAAAGUGCAAAGAACAAACCCUAGGAGCUAUUUGGAGUGGAUUUCUCACCAUUGAAGCCCAGAUUGCAUCCCCAGGAGUGAAGAUCGACAUCCCAGAGCAGAUUAUCCUCAUCUUUAUGAGUCUCACUACUCUGAUUUCUGUUUUCGUCUCUCUCUCUAUGGAGUAGAACCUUCUCUCACUAGGGUAUGAAGAACCCUAGUUCCAUGUGUUAGGAAUCUUGAUUGUAAUGACUGUGGAUUGAUAUACUGAUUGAUUUUAAUCGAUUGAUGCAUGAUUCAUUGAGUCAAUUGAAGCUUGGUCAUCUUUUCUUGAUUUCUGCUGCAACCUGAGAUAGAUAGAAUCUAAUUAGGUUGUUAGAGCUUCAUCAAUCGAUAGCGGUAGAUUGGUUAUACGAGAGUUAAUUGAUUUACUGCUUUGUACUGGAAUCCAAUUCUAGUAGUGGAGUUAUACUUUUAUUGCCUCAGCAGUCUAUCCCGGUGAAGGCUAGUCGCCUGCCGGUUAGUCUGCCUGAGAGGGCUUGGUCAGCUUAAGAGAUUCCAAGCUACUGUCGGAUCUUCCUCAGUUUAAUCAAUAGUUAAUCAACCC